CACUACCCAGCGGACAGCCGCCGCCGCAGCCUCCACACUCCCGCCUGAGAACGGGCUCUUUUUAAACCACGUGCAGCCGCUGUGGGAAGGGAAACACCCUGCUGUUAACAGGCUGAAAGACAAAGCUGCGGUGCGCAGGGAUGGAUUUAAGCAGAUGAUAGGUGACUGACUGCAUGAGAGAUGCUGCAGGAGAGGCUUUCACCCGUAACGGAUGAAUGUAUGAGCCAGGUCCAGACUGGUCGGGAGACGGAUCUCCCUCCAGACCAUUCACGACUGGGCCUGUCCACAGCUCCCACCAUUCCCAGCUCUAGUGAGCCUGACCAGAACAUUGAGAACAUUAAGGUUGUUCUUCAUGAGAGUGAGCUGUGGAAGAAGUUCCAUGAGGCCGGUACAGAGAUGAUCAUUACUAAAGCAGGCAGGAGGAUGUUUCCCAGCUACAAGGUUAAAGUGACUGGGAUGAACCUCAAAACCAAAUACAUUCUACUUAUUGACAUUGUCCCGGCUGAUGACCAUCGCUACAAGUUUUGUGAUAAUAAGUGGAUGGUGGCUGGCAAGGCUGAGCCAGCAAUGCCAGGCAGACUCUAUGUGCACCCUGAUUCCCCUGCUACAGGAGCUCAUUGGAUGAGGCAAUUGGUGUCAUUUCAGAAGCUCAAGCUAACAAACAAUCACCUGGAUCCUUUUGGGCAUAUCAUUUUGAACUCUAUGCACAAGUACCAGCCCAGACUGCACAUAGUCAAAGCUGAUGAAAACAACGCCUUUGGAUCCAAAAACACUGCUUACUGUACUCAUGUCUUUCAUGAGACAGCCUUCAUCUCUGUUACUUCUUAUCAAAACCACAAGAUCACCCAGCUGAAGAUUGAAAACAAUCCAUUUGCCAAAGGGUUCCGGGGUAGUGAAGAAGGAGAUCUGCGCAUUUCAAGACUACAGGGGAAAGAAUAUCCAGUGAUUUCAAAGAGCAUGGUUCGCCAGAGGCUCAUCACCUCACAUAGUCACCUUGCAGGGAAGCUUGGAGCAGGAGUUCUCACGGGGCACCCUCAAGUCCUGUCCUCUUAUCAGUAUGAGAAUGGGGUUCCUUUGUCUAACUCAGACCCCCAAGAUCUUAUUUCAAACCACUUCCCCCAGAGCAGAGAUCCCAGCCUCCUGUACCACUGCUUCAAACACAGAGAUAAUACCCGACACCUAGAACUUGGAUGUAAGCGGCCAUAUCUGGAGACAUCAUCUGCGGUCUCAGAGGAGCAUUAUUUUCGUUCAGCUACCUCAUAUGAGUCGCCUUUACGGUCUCAUCCAUACUGUACUGAGGCAAUAACUUCAAGAGAAGCUUGUAUGUACAGUGGUAUAGAAACAGAGUCUGGAUCUGGAGCAGGGGACCCAGAUGACCUGACCAACACCUCCUCAAUAAAUUGCAACAUGUGGGCUACAAUGCAGCCCUACCCACGCUAUAGCGUGGACAGUGUCCCGUACCAGCGUUUCACUGCUCACUUCACCAACGCUGCCACAGUCACACCUGUUUUACCACACCCCACAUCAUCCAUGGGGUCACAACCACAGGCUGACUUAGGAGUCUACAACUCAGCUACCGCCCAGCGAGGUCUGCCUGUCAUAACUCCUUCAUCCUCCUCUUCAUCCUGUUCUCCAGCCGCUCCAGGAUCCAGAGAUAGGUCAGGCCAUCCAACUAUGUACCACAAGAAGCCAGAGUCACCACUCCAGCCUCACCGAGAUUUCUCAGCCUAUGCCACACAAGGCAAUAUAUCCAUCCGGGAUCCAUCCUAUCAGUACCAAGUGGGGCUGAGUAGCGCAGGGACUCACUGGACUGACAGCUAAUGUGGACAUCUGGAGAACCCAGUUUUGUCUAAUAUACAAGUCUGAAAUUAAUCAAGGUUCAAAACCCCACUAUGGGCUGCAGAUGCCAGGCAAUGAUAAUGAACUAUAGCCUUGAUUAGUGCCAAAUUGCACUCCAAAGCCAUUUACGUCCAUGAAUUCUCAAUGAAGCACUGUUACAUACAACACUGUAUGUGGUGAGCAGUGGCUGACCUCUUCUUUACUUGUGCAGAUGCGUAGCAUAUGUGCAAGCCUGUGAUCAGAUAGGGUGGUUUUCUAAUGUUAAAAUGCAAAGUGCAGAUUUGAGCAGCACUGAUAAGUCAGUGAGGCGUAAGCUCAAGGGCACAAGAUGUGUUAAUCUGACACAAAGUCUGACAGUUGCAUGCUAACAACAACUAUCCAAGAGGUAUUAGCUGCUUAACUUGAAAUAAGAAUAAGCAUACUUUUUCAAUAAAUGAAUAAGGGAAAAUCAACUAUUGUUGUUGUUCUCCACCGCAAGAAUGAGAGGAAUAGGUAUUUAAAAUAUGUGUAGGCCCACA